UUUUUUGGGCAUGUUCUCUGUUUCGCCGAAUAUUCUUUCGAGAGUAUCCGAGUGGUGUUAUGGAAGUCAAAUGAUUUUUGUUGUUUUUGCGCUUAUUUUGUCUUUUUUUUCCCCUCUUACCCAUUGACUGUCAUAUAUGAUCUCAGUACGAGUUCCAUAUUUAGCGAUUAGUGUUGUCUAAUCCAACAAUUGGAGCUUAAAUUUGUGUUAAUGGAAUAUUUUUUUGUUAAUUUGUCGUUUUUCCUGCUUUUUGUUCGUAUGUGUCGGGUAAAUUCUCUGUAUGUUUCUCGUUUUUGUAAUUUGGCAUGCAAAGUUUCGUGUUUUAUUUUCCUGAAAUGGAAUCCGAAUUUCACAUUGGGGUACGCUUGCUCUUGAUUGGUGUUCCUAAUCCCAGUGUUCAGUUGGACAAUAAUUCCUAAUCUGAGUGUAUUCUAGAAUCAAAGGACUAAUCUUUUCUUGAUUCUUAAGCGUAUGUUCUCUCGUAUCAAUGAACUAGUCUUGUUAUCCAUAUCUUGUUUUGUCUUGUCUUAGACGUCGAUGUCUGAUAACGGCGUGAAGCAUUUGACUUGAAGGACUCUUAUAUAUGUAUGGAAGACUUCGUGGGAGGGCUUAGUGCUGAAUCUUGAAGAGGGAAGAGAGGGGAACUACCUUUUGGUCUGGUGCGGCAAUUUGGCUAGAACAAAUGUGAAACUUUUUCAAAACGUAAUGCUCAAACAGGCGCAAGACUUUCAGCUGCAGCAAAUCAGUGGCUCGGGUUUCAGUGAUCUAAGAUCCUUGAACGAUGAAUCCCUAAUGGGCAUGAACCGGGUGCAAGGAAGUAUACAUCAAGGGGAUGUUCUGCAAGAUGCUUGCUCGAUCAGUCCAAAUCCUCCGCAGGUAGUUGUAUCACUAUAUGAUUCUUCUGCUGCCAGUGGAAAAAGCAGCAUGAAUUCAUGGUCAGGACCAUACCUGCAAUCUGCUUAUUUGACAACGAGUCAUGUCGAGAAAGAUCAGAAAACCAUAACCCGGUCACAAGGGUUCGAUACUUCUUUUGUGAAUACUUGCUCUCGGGAUCCUAGUGUCAUGCCAGAAGGGUUUCAGGAACAGACUCCCUUCAUGUCAAGUUCUGUUCUGGGCUCAAAUGGAGACUCUUCAUCACUACGGGAUCAAGAAAAUUUGUUGGGGAUGCAACAAACACCUAGAAUAUCUUCUCAGGGUAGUGUAGCACUGGACCCGCUAGAAGAGAAGAUUUUGUACCAUAUGGAUGAUAAUGUUCAGGAUUCUUCUUUUGGCAGAAAUAAUAGUGAAAUCAGUUCCAGUGGAUUCAGCUUGAGCGCUCUUAUGCAAUGUGCACUAGCGGAAGAGACGGGUCCUCUAGAUGGUAAUGGUGACGAUCAGAUUCCCAGUGUUCAUUCUUUUACUUCAAAUCUAGAGAAUGCAUGUUCAAAUGCAUCUUGGAUGAACCAGAGCUGUCUGGCGUCACUGUCUUCUGUUCAUCCAUUUCCUAAUCUGCAUGAUUUCCCUCAACACGCAGAUCGGGCUAACAGAUCUGAUAUUCCAGGAGAAUCUGAGAAGUCUGGUACGGGGCCGGGCUACAUAAUAAAAGGUCAGACUCAUAUACAAGAAACCUGCAAUUCGUCUCUACCGUCUCGACCAAGUGAUCUUUCUACAUAUGGAUUUCGUAUGAAUGCCCCUAUCGGGCAACAUCAGUUGGUGGGUGCAGCCAAUAAAUUUCCUUUGUCAUCCUCGAUGGUACAGCAAAAACCUUCUGAGGUAUAUAAUGCUCCACCAAAUGCUUUGUCCGACCGGAAUUCUUCAUUCUAUUUCUCAAAAUCGUCCUUCGACAUCCACCAAAAUUCUGCAACUGUUGGACAGCGACAGCAUAAUGAAUUCGAGAUGGGGUAUUUGAAGACUGAUGAUGACGGUCCCAUUGGCGAGACUCGACCUAAGGUAAGCAGCGUGCUUACUGGUCAUUCGUACCAGUUUUCUGUUGGAAAUUACGUGGAAAAAAUAAGUUCUAAUGCUUGGAAUCCUGACAUUGGACCGAUUGAUUCUGCUAUGCAAUGCGAUGCUGUGAAUCAAAAUAUGGUUGCUUUAAGACAAAAGAAGCGCAAAAGUACUACAUUUUCCCAAUCACCGUGGCAUAAUGUUGUCCUGCGAGGUUCAGACAUGAGUCGGAGCAUCAGUCUUUCUUACAGUUUGUCAGAAGAGAAGUGGGCACUUGCCACAAACAGGCUGUUGGAGAAGGUUGAGGAUGAUAAGGUCGGCCCAAGUGAGGCGAUUCCUCCCUCAAAAAGGAGGCUGAUCUUAUCGACACGGCUUAUGCGACAAUUGCUCCCUCCAGCACCAUCUUUUACUCUCUCGGGAAAUGCUGCUGUUUGCUAUGAGAGCAUAGUGUACAUUGUGGCAAGAGUAGCCCUUGGCGAGGCAUGCAGUCUUGCGUGCUAUGGACUAAACAUGCUUCAAUCGCAUUCAGACACGAGUGAAAAGAUCUGUGACGAAAUGGGAAAGGCCGGUGAUAAAGAUCAACAAUAUGCUCAAACGGGCAAAGCGUUCGUCGAGAAAACCCAGAAGCUCGAAAGUGACUUCCAAAGACUGGACAAGACCGCGUCAAUCGUAGAGAUCAUAGUAGAAAUCCAGGACAUAGAGAGAUUCUCUGUGAUGAACCAUUUUGCCAGAUUCCAUAGCCGGAUGUCGAAAUCAGUUCCUCGGAGAUACGUUACUGGACUACCAAUGCCUAAGAUACUACUACCCGAGGGAGUACAUUGUCUUCCUCUAUGACUGUCUUAUCCAUCCACCGGUUCCCCCUUGUUUUCCAUCGGCGUCAGUUAUUUUUUUCCCGGGAUAUCAGCACGGGAUCCGGUAUUCAUAGUCCGGAUGCUGAGAACGAUGCCCCAUCUAACCAGGAAAUAGUGUUGUAGCUCGGAAGAUAACCACGGAAGCGUAGAAUAGAAUAGUCGAUCAUCCUGUAUAAAGCUUGUCACUUUUAGAAGUAGAAUGUAGAAACAGAUGAUGCAUAUAUAAGUGGUAUUGCAGGUUACAUUCUCAGGUCCCGUUUUUGCCGUCUCUCUCGUGGUUUUCUUCCUCCUUUUUUUCAGGGUCUCGGCCCUCGCGUCGCCCAACAGGAGAAAUUCUUGCAUACAUGGUGAAAUUGUUCAUGUACUUGGUUCCGGUCCGGUCAUUUGAGACUUGAAGGUAAUUGUUCAUAACCAGUGUGAUCAUUUCAGGUUUUGAUU